AUGUUUCUGGUUACUAAUUCCAGUCAAGAUCCGUUCUGUUUCAUCCUCAUGGGCAUCCCUGGCUUUGAGGUCUUUCACAUAUGGAUCUCCAUCCCCUUCUGCUGUUUGUACACUGUAUCCAUCCUGGGAAACACCACUAUCCUGGCAGUCAUCUGGACAGAGCCUUCCCUGCAUGAACCCAUGUACCUGUUCCUCUCUAUGCUGGCCCUCACAGACCUGGGGCUAACACUAACCACACUGCCUACUGUCAUGGGAAUACUCUGGCUUGGUGUCUCAGAGAUCAGCUUUGAUGCCUGCUUUGCUCAGUUCUUCUUUAUCCACACCUUCUCCUUCAUGGAAUCCUCUGUGCUGUUGGCCAUGUCCUUUGACCGCUACGUGGCAAUCUGCCGGCCUCUCCAUUAUGUCUCCAUCCUCACCCACCAGGUAGUCAGCAAUAUAGGAAUAGCCAUUGUUGUCCGCUGUGUUGUGGCUGUACUUCCCCCACUGUUCCUGUUGAGAAGACUUCCCUUUUGUAGUUCCCAUCAUCUUUUCCAUUCCUACUGCCUCCACCAAGACAUGAUUCGCCUGGUGUGCGCCGACACCACGCUCAAUAACUGGCAUGGCUUCUUGCUGAUAAUGUUCAUUAUAAUACUAGACCCCCUGCUCAUUGUGCUCUCCUAUGCACUCAUCCUGAGAAGUGUCCUGAAAAUUGGCUCCCGGGCUGAAAGGCUCCGUGCCCUCAAUAACUGUCUGUCUCACAUUUUGGCUGUGUUUGUCCUUUUUGUACCUAUGGUGGGAGUGUCCAUGACUCACCGCUUUGCUAAGAAGGCACCUCCAAUUGUACAUGUCACUUUGGCAAACAUCUAUCUCCUAGCACCUCCUGUCAUGAAUCCCAUCAUUUACAGCAUCAAAACCAAACACAUUCGUCAAGGGAUUGCUCAUCUUUUCCAGAAGCCCUUUUAA